UACAGCGAAACGACAGCGCCGCGGGGAGCAACUUCGGCAGCUCGGCCGGGAGCAACUCCGGCAGCGGCAACGCCGUGGCGACUCUAUCAGUAGGAGACGGGAAACACUCCUUCCGCGAGUUCUACAGCAAGAGAUUCUCGCGAUCAUUCAAUCUGGGUAAGAAGCUCGGAGAGGGGGCUUUCGCGGAGGUAUUCGAGGCGACGGUCAAGGGCGACCGACCUGGGGGGAAGUCGUACGCGGUCAAGCGGACCGUCCGGCGAGGACUAGCGAAGGAGGACGAAAAGGGGUUGCUCGAAGAGGUACGGAUACUCCGCCUCCUGCAGCACUCGAACGUGGUGACCAUUUACCAGUUCUUUAAGGACGAUCCCGACUACUACUACAUGGUGCUGGAGAAUAUGGCGGGGGGCGAGCUGUUCGACCGCAUCGUUCAGAAGACGUACUACAACGAGGAGGAGGCGAGAGACCUGUGCCGCGUCCUUCUGGACUCGGUCAAGUACUGCCACGAGCUGGGCAUCGUCCACCGGGACCUCAAGCCCGAGAACCUCCUCCUCACCUCCAAGCACGACGACGCCGGCAUCAAGCUCGCGGACUUCGGCUUCGCCUGCAGCGUGCUGAACGGCCCCGUGUCGGAGCAGUGCGGGUCGCCGGGUUACGUGGCGCCGGAGAUCCUCAGGGCGCUGCCGUACGGGACGUCGGUGGACAUGUGGAGUGUGGGCGUGAUCAUCUACACCUUGCUCGGGGGCUACCCGCCCUUCCACGACGAGAACCAGACGCGAUUGUUCCGCCGCAUCAAGGCCGGGAGCUUCAAGUUUCAUGACGAGUACUGGAGCAACACCUCGCUCGAGGCCAAGGACUUAAUCCGGAAGCUCCUCCUGGUGGACCCGGCGAAGCGAAUGACGGCCACCCAGGCGGCGGAGCACCCCUGGCUGCUCACCACGGGAGAGUCCCUCGCUAGCCACAACUUGGGCAAGAACCUCGACCAGCUCAGAAUCUUCAAUGCUACGAGGAAGCUGAGAGGCGCCAUCCAGUCGGUAAUCGCGGCGAAGAAGCUCGGCAAGUCGUUCGGGCUGCAGAAUUUCUCGUGAGCCUACCACACACACCGCGCGGGGGGCGGCACGCGGCGUGUACGUGCGUAAGACUACAUUUUUUGUUCUCUUGUUUGGGGAGGUGCUCCGGCAGAGGAUCAAUCCGUCAAACCCGCGCACGACCGACUGCUGUUUUCUUUUCGUGCCCGCCCGUGCCGGUCGGUCGGUCUGUCCGGUCAAUCCCGUUGCCGCCUGCGGUACGGUACAUAUCUGGUGUACCGUGGUGUGCAUCUCGCCUUCCCCCCGAAAGUUCUGACUUGUGCUGCAGUACUGUUCCCAACACUGAAAUACAGUACAAAUCUGGUGUGCCAUUGGUGUGUGGUGUGUGCCCUGUCAUGUCUUCCCCCCGACAGACGGUUGCGAAGGUAUACCGCACCGACUCUGGUAAAAUGUCAGUCGACGGAUACCAUUGGGAUCGGCUCCUUGACACGGUGCCGACUUGUGUUGUGCGGGAAUCAAUCGUGAUCUUGACUACACGUAUAUGCUGGUGUGGUUUUGGCAUAGGGCCAUGCCUUGCCAUGAUGCUAAUUGUCUCGGGGUCUCUCUAUGUCUUGUCAAAGGCGGCGGGCAGGCAAAAGUUGACCUGUGACCGUUUUUUUUUUUAGUUGUUUUUCUACUUGUGUUGUUUUCGGUCGGAUUGCGUGCCCUUGUUUGAAGAUACAAGAAACAUGUGCGAACCGGAAGCACUGUCGGGGCGUGGGCAUUCAUUGAGUCCAUCGUGGUGGUGCAAUCAGUUGGCGGCGGUGAAACAAGCCUUUUCGAUGGUCGAUCGCGUGUAAGGCAUACAUGGUUGCUGGUUUGGAGGGACGGAGGUAGGCAUGGGUGGGUUGCGGCAGGCAUGCCCGGCUGGGAUUUCGUGCGCCCUUUGUUUCGUUGGUUGCUUUAUUGCCUCGACGGUAUGUGUGACCUUCGCUGGUAUUCCAUACCACACCAUUCCGUACCACACCGUUAGUGCACGGACGCCGAGUCUACAUGUUGGCGCACCAGGGUCCAGGAGAUUGAAGCGGGAGAGAGGGGGGCUUCGGUUCGGGUCGGGUCGGCGGCGGGAGGAGACGGGCGCUGUGUGUUGGUACCUUCCGAAGUAUCGUCGUCCCAUGGUAUGUAGCGGAGGCCUGUUUCCGUGGUGUGUUUUGUGGUAUGGUGCUGGUGUUGUGCCGUCAAGGUUGUUGAAAGUGGCGUCGCUUGCCACUCCUCCCGCGGGGCGUAGCGUGGGAUUCCUCGUUGAGACCAACAACAACACCGAGUGCCUGCGACAACCGCGACACACGCCAGCGACAACGAAAGCUUUCGAUCGUAGGUGCGAUUGGGCCCUCGCCUUCUCCUUAUAGGUUCGUGCUUACCACACAGGUGGUGGCAAGCAGAAGGUUUUAUCCAUAUCAAGGGCACGCCAAGAUGUAAGAAGAGAAAAGGGGAAUGGUGCGGUUCUGGCUGGGCGACGGGAGGGGGGGGGGGACCGGACGCUCGCCGUUUCUUGAUUUGUCGCAAGCGCACAUGAUGAGGAUGUUGUUGCUUCUGCUGCUCUUCUUGUCGCUGGUAUAUUUCCGUAGGUGUGUUUGCUAUCCUAAGUGUCGGAAGACAGGCAGGGGGUGACGCGGGUGGAAGAGCGCUUGGAUUUGAAGAGUCGGUUGCCGAACGGCUUGACGGUACGGUGUAAUAUGGUACGGUAUGUUGUAUUGAUGGCGCGUCCUCGUCGACGGCACAACGGGUCAUUAGUUAGACUUGGCAAUUGGUCAGGUGGAGUAAGAUAGGGGUGCGAGGCAGGAGUGUUUCCUUGUCGUUAGGUCAAGACGAUCCUGACACAAACGGGGGGGAGGGGGCGGGGUGUCAAGGUGUUGCAUGAGAGGGCAACGAGAUCCUGAUACAAAUGUGUGUGUGUGUGUGUGUGUGCUUCGAAGGUGGCAGCUUGAUCGCUGUGUUUGAGCGACGUCCGGCCACCACGCGCGCUCUCUCUGGGAGAGGUAUCUAUCUGCGGCCUUUUCGAGAGAGUUCACCGUUGGCAUAUCAUAUGUUCAGAGGACACAAGGUUUGGGACAGGGAGUAAAAUAGGCGGAAAGGGGAUGGGGGCUGACGUAGAGUGGUGGAGUGGAGUGAGGUACAGGGAUCGGUUGGCUGUUUUUCCUUUUUCUUCACGUUUCAGUGUAAAAUUUUUGUCAGUUUUUUAUGCCCGCGGCGGGUGCUGCAGGUGCGCCAUGCGAAUGCCACCCCACACCACACGUAAGAUACCUCUCUUGCUUGCGAAUAAUCAAUCUACCAACACGCCCGGGUGUUGGUCGUUUCAUCUCGUGCCUCCCUCUGUACUUGAUCUGAGAGAAGUUUUUAAGAUUGUGUUGGGGCGUAUUGAGCCGUAAAGAAAACGACCCACCCGGUGCCGUACUCUGUAGAGUUGGUGGUGGUGGUCGGGUGCUAUCUUCCGUGUGUGGUAUCAUCCGUCACCUACGGUAGAUGGUAUAUAGUAUGCUGGGUUUCAAUAUGGGGACCUCGUCGCUCGAGGGGGAAUUGGUAACGGGGGGGGGGGGGGGGGGUUGAAGGGAUUUACGGCGUUCUUGCGUGGUUCAAUUAAAUCACAGGCAAAUUCGGAUAUGCAAGGGCGCGUGAAUGCGCCAUGUUCAAUGUGAAUGUCGCUGGGGGGGGGCAUCUUCUUUGGGUUUUUGCUUGUGGGGAUGGACUACAGACAGUACUGCUGCUGUUAGGAAGAGUCCCGUUGCCGCUGCUGGCUGCUUGCUGUGCUUGAGGCCCGAACAGCACGCGUUCGUUUUUUCGUUUUUUCGGGUUGGGGAGGGUGGUUGGGGGACACACCGCGUUGAUGUCAAGCCGCAGGCCUCCCGCACAUAUGGUUUUUUUCUUCUUCUCUCAGCGGAAAUUUGGGCCCCGAGAGCGAGCACUGACCAACCAGCGCGAGGCUGUGUCUCUUCGAUUCUUGUGGUUGUAGAAACAAGCCACAAGAGAGGGUUGUUCUGGUGCGCGAGGGUUCGUUUGCUACAGUACAUCUGUAAUCAUGAAGUAUGUGUUUCCAGUAGCUCUCUCUCGCACCCGAACAUGUCGCGCAAGGCGUCUGGGAGACCCCCCCCCCCCCCCCCCCC